AUGGGGAGAAGUGCUGUACCUGGGUUCGUGCUGCUGCGUCGCCGUCAGCAGCAGCAGCAGCAGCAGCAGCAGCAGCAGCAGCAGCAGGAUUCUUCUUUGGGUAUAAUCAGCAGCAGCAGCAGCAGCAGCAGCGGUGGCAGCAUAAGCAGCAUCAAUAGAUGCGCUAUCCUCCCCUCUUGCUGCAGCAGCAACUAUGGUGCUGCUGCUACUGCUUGCUGCUUCGGUGCUCCUUCCUUCUUAGUUCGUGCUGCUACGGUGUAUACAGCAGGAGUUGUUGCUGCUGUUGCGCUGCUGCACUUGCUGCCAGCAGCAGAGCAGCAGCUAGCAGGUGUUACAUGGCAGCAACCAGAUAAAGGGGCAGCAACAGCAGCAGCAGCAGCAGGAGAAGCAGCUGCAACAACAGGUGCAGCAGCACCACCAUCAGCAACCGUACCAGGAGCAGCAGCAACACCAACACCAGCAGCAGCAGCAACAGCAGCAGCAGCAGCAGCAGGAGAGCCACAGAAUCACUUAGCUUUUCUUUGCUGCUUAAUAGGUUUACUCGUGUCUGCUGCUCUUGAGGCUGCUGUUGAGCAGCUGCUGCUGCAGCAGCAGCAGCAGCAGCACGAGGGAGAUGCAGCAGCAGCAUCAAUUACAGAUUCAAUAUCCAGCAGCAAAGAGCGACGGUUGUUUCCUGCUGCUGCUUCUCCUCUCUCGCCUGUGCAUGCAGCAGCAGCAGCAACAACAACAGGAGGGGAAACAGCAGCAGCAGCAGCAGCAGCAGAAGGUAACGGAUGGGAUAGCUGCAGACACGAUGCUGCUGCAACAUCCCCUGAGGGGAGAACCAGCAGCAGCUGCUGCAGCAGCAGCAGCAGCUGCUGCUGCUGCUCUAAGGGCCUGACGGUGCAGCAAAAGGCCAAGCACUUGUCUCCUGUUGAUUUAGAGGCAGGGGACGCUCCCCUGCAUCCUGCUGCUGCUGCUGCUGCUGCUGCUGCUGCUCCUGAAGCAGCAGCAGCAGCAGCAGCAGCAGCACCUUCGUGCUGCAGCACGCGCUGCUGCGCUCGUAGUGGUGAUGAAGGGCGAAAGAAAGCAGCAGCAGCAGCAGCAGCAGCAGCAGUAGCAGCAGGAGAGAUGUCCCCAUGUGCUGCUGCUGCUGCAGCACGUCCUGCAUAUCCAUCGGACAUAAGCAGCAGCAGCAGCAGCAGUGGCGGCAGGAGUUGCUGCAGCAACAACAGCAACAACAACAGCAACAGCAACAACAACAACAACAACAGCAGCAGCAGCAGCAGCAGCAACGGUGCAGCAGACGGGCAGCACAUAAUAUGUCCCUAUUCUUUAUUAGAGGAAGAUAACAGGACAGGGGAAGAGGCAAGAUUCAUUAAGACAUAUAAAUAA